AUGGCGGCGGAUGGCCUUCGAAACUUCGACCUUUGGAACGUCGCUCAUGUGGCUGCAUAUCAUGACGACUUGAAGCUCUUGUCCAUGGCCACUCUCGAGCAGUGCAAGGAGCCAAACAGGUGGGGCAUGACGCCCAUGCACAUGACUGGGCUUGGGCAGCACCCCUAUGGUCCUUCGCUGUGCGUGCUUUGGGAGCUCGUGCAGAUGGGUGCAGCAGACCCCAUGGCUCUCAACUCUGCAGACCAGAGCCCGUGGCAUGUGGCGCAGCGCAUGCAGAAGCCCUCUCACCUAAAGAAGUGGGAGAAGGUGGUCUUUAAAGGCGGAAAGCCUGAAGAGUACGACAGCAAGAAGGAGGCGCAGCUGAAGCCCCGGGGCAAAUUUGCUCGAGCCCUGGGCAUGGACACUGCUCUGAUCGAGGACUCCUCCAAGCCGCUUCCAGUUUGCCUCGUCUUCCCAGGGCAAGGAUCACAGUAUGUGGGCAUGUUGCAGAAGCAGAAGGACCUUCCGGCAGUCAAGGCCAUGCUCACAAAGGCCCAAGAGGUUCUCGGCUACGACUUGGCUGAGAUCCUCCAAAAUGGCCCUGCCGACAA